UUGAACAUGUCCCAUAUAAGUGUAACUCCACACCAAUUCCUAUAUAAAGAAGUGUGACUCAUCCCAAAGAGGAAAAGUGUGGAAAAAACAUGAGCACCACAAUACACAUUUGUAAUGAAAAUGAAGCUUCUCCUAACAAGGAGAAGCAAAAUAAACACUUUGCCCUUUUUAAUGUUUGGUAUCUUAUAAGCAAACAUCAUGAACAGGAUGCAAAAAGAGUUAUUCAUAGUAUCAAAGUUGGAACUGCUUUGGUUUUAGUUUCACUCCUCUAUCUCCUUGAUCCACUUUUUGAGCAAGUUGGAGAAAAUGCCAUGUGGGCUAUCAUGACUGUUGUUGUUGUCUAUGAUUUCUAUGCAGGUGCCACAUUAAGUAAAGGGUUACUUCGUGGAAUUGGCACCAUACUUGGAGGUGGAUUAGGGUGUUUCACAGCCAUUUUGGCAGAUAAAUUUGGAAAGACUGGAAACACAAUAGUUGUUGGAAACUCGGUUUUUAUUUUUGGUGCUGUGGCAACAUACUACCGAAUGAUUCCAAGCAUAAAAAAGAGAUAUGAUUAUGGAGUUAUGAUCUUUAUUCUCACCUUUAAUCUGGUAGCUGUGUCUGGUUUGCGUGCUGAUAAGAUCUUGGAAUUAGCACGUGAACGUCUCACUAAUAUUGGGAUGGGUUUUUCUGUCUGCAUUAUAACCAGCUUACUCAUAUUCCCCAUGUGGGCUAGUGAUGAACUUCAUCGCUCCACAUCAUCCAACUUCACCAAACUAGCUUCCUGCAUUGAAGAAUGCAUGGAAGCAUAUUUUAAUGUGAGCGAGAAAGAAGGAAGAAAAAGUAUCAACACCAGCAGUUGCAAAGCAGUGUUGCAUUCAAAGUCGAGUGAUGAGUCACUGGCUAAUUUUUCGAGGUGGGAACCUUGGCAUGGAAAUUUUGGAUUUUGCUAUCCUUGGGAGAAAUAUCUACAGAUAGGAGAGAAACUCAGGGAGCUAGCUUCAAUCAUUUUGUCACUGCAAGCAUGUAUCGAAUCACCAUUACAGCCCUCAAGAACUCUACAAGAGCCCAUCAAAGAGACAUGCAAGAAUGUAGGGUUGUCACUUGGAGUUACCCUAAGAGAGCUAGGAGAAAGUAUCAUGAAAAUGAGAAGGGGGAAUGAAAAAGUCCUAGUGCUUCCAGAAUUACAAUCCACUAAACUAGAGUUGACUAUACUUUCAAGUUCAGAGUUACAAGCAUUUGAAACUGUUGAAGCUCUUGCUGUAGCAAACUUUAUGUUUCUAUUGAUGGAGAUAGUUGAUAAAGUAAAAGUGUUGGCUAAAGAAGUGGAAGAACUUGGAGAGGUUGCUGAUUUUCAAUAUAAAUAGCUUACAGUUACAGGUGGGUUAUGUAUAUAUAUUAAUAUGUGUGAUUAACCACUGAAGAUGGUAACACAGAAAAGCUUAAGAGAACAAAUAGCCUAUGAAUUUACAUGUAGAAUAAUGUGAGUGAUGCUAUAAAUAUAGACGCCUAUUAUCAUAUAGAUACUCACUCUUUUCUCUA